AUGCAGAAUAUAAUCACACAGGUGCCCCAGAGCGGCGGCGGGUCCGGGAGUCCGCUCCUGCAGGAUCCACGGUACGGAGGGGAUCCGAACCAGAACUAUUACGAGAGCGGGGACGAUGCGUACGGGAGUUCGCUGAUCCAUUUGAACAUACAGGAGAACCACUACUUCAUCACGCGGGACCAGUUGAUGUCGUUGCCCGAAUCCCUGCUGCUGUGUUUGUUCCCCUCCGGUGUGUUUCUGGAUAGGGAUGGGCAAAUCAUCACGAAUUUGACUCCAGAGGACGAGGUGUACAUUGUCAAUUUCGCACCGGACUGCUUCGAGUACAUCAUGGAGGUUUUCACGAAGGCGCACGACGACUUGGUGAACCACCCAGUAGAGAAACUGUUUGAAAGGAGUAGUUCCAACAACUUGGUCAAGUCAGCGAAGGGGUUCUUCGGGUUUGGGAGCGGCAAUAGUAACAACAACAGUGGCACAGAAUCCAUCUCUUCAGGGAAGGCCGGCGAACACGACCUGUUGCACCAGAACCCGGUUAUUAUAGUGCUUCGCGAGGACCUGGACUACUACUGCGUUCCGCGGGAGAAGUUCGAAUUUGAGGCCGCUGCGAACCCGAACUUGACGCAGGAGCAGAUCAACGACAACAAUGACGACUUAUUGCAUCAUUUCAUGGCACAGGUGAAAGUAGCUGCGGGCAGUUACUUGAGCGACAAGAGUUCGAUAUUUCAGGGGCUCUUCUCGUCGAACAGACUGAAGUACCAGAACUACGAUAUCAGGAAACCUGUCGACGCGCGGAAGGAGAAGAAACUGGGGCCAGCGGAACAGCACCUCAUGGACAUGCUUUGCUCGUCUGGGUUUGAUGAGAAGUCACAGUGGGGGAACAGGACACAGGAGGGGGGCAAGACAGUGAUCAGCUCUUUGUCCCUUUGUAGAUUGGCCAACGAGACUACACAGGAAUUCAGGGACACAUUGGAGGAGGUUAAAUCCCAGUGGCUCAAGGAACGUGCAAUCCAACUCCAGAACAUGGAGGACAACAACGCUAAUAAAUUGACCCCAACGUCCUCGUCAAGGUCCCUCAAAAACUACAUAUCGGGGAACAACAGUAACAGUAACACGGUGCUGACCCCGAUGAGAAGUUCUGCCACUACGACAGGGAUCACUAACAACUUAGCGUCGACGACAAGCAACGUCAUCACGGGCACAAAGGGCAAGGAGAAGAGGAAGUCUCGGCUGUCCGCGCUGGCGAACAACGUACGCAUGCAGUCCCAAUCGCGGAGCAACUCUCAGGCAAGAGCUGCAAGCAACGGUUCCCUCGGGGAGAUGCCCAGAGUGUACGACCUGGUACCGAAACCGGAUAUAAACGCUAAACUGCUGCUGUUUUGGAGGAAACCCGCUCGGAAGUGUUGGUGGGGAGAUGAGGAGAUAGACCUGGACGUGGAAAUCUACGGGGAUUGGGCCGAUAAAGAGCAUCGCACGAUGCGGCUGAAACUGCCCGCCAGUGCAGACAUAGAGACUGAACUGAACAAAGUACGCGUACCCGUACGACUACAUAUCCGUCGGGUGUGGACGUUAGAAUUGAGUGUCAUUGGUGUACAGUGA